AUGUUUCUACCACGUUCAGAAGGUCUUACACUGAAUGAAUUUUUAUCUUUACAUCCUUCUGAUAUUAGUACCAUACCAUUACAAUCAACAAUUUAUAAUAAUCAUAACACUUCAAUUGAACAAAAGUUUAAUAAUCAACAUUCAAGGAAUUUUUCUACAUUCAUGAACCAUUCAACAAUAAAACAACCAAUGAAUAAAGAAGAAAUUAUCAAUCCAUCAAUUCUAAUACGAACAAAAUCAAAUUUCUCAAAUAAACAACAAUUAAAACGAUCCAAUACAAUUAGUGUAACUAAAAAUAUAAAUGAGAAAUUGAAUAGUAAUAUAUCAAUUGAUGAAUUAAUACAAUCAACUAGACAACAAAAGAAACAUUUACCUGUACAAUAUAAUCCAUUAAAUGAUACGGUUAUGGAUAAUAAUGGUUUAAUUCAAAAAUUACAUCAACAACGAUUAUUUCAACGAGCUCAAAGUGAACAUCCUAUCCGCGAUAAUGGUGAUAAUAAUAAUAAUAAUGUUCCAAACAGUCACAGUGUAAGUUUACCACCUCAUACAUGGAAUAAUAAUAAUAAUAAUACUUCGUCUACAUUUCGUUCAAUAUUUUCACAACGUGGAUAUAAUUUUGGGCGACCAUUUUGGCAACAAAAUUUUACAUCUGAUCAAAAUGAAUUAAAACCAUCAUUAGUAACGUCAUCAACGUCAGCGACCAUAUCUUCAACAGGAACACCAACACAUUUUAAUAAACCAUCUUCUGACCAAUACACUUCUAAAAUGAUAUGGAGUGAAAAAUUUGUGGAGGAAUUUUUAAAGAAAUCUCUAUUAACGACUUCAGCAAACAAUGUGGUGCAUAAUCAAAAUGAACCAGUCUGUUUAUCCAGCAGUUUUUCAGGUACAACUCUGGUUCAAUGGUUUUGCCGACAUAUCAUUAAAUCUGGAUGUCCUUGGAGUCAUGGCUUAAUUUCAGUUGUAUGUCAACUUUGCAACUGUCUUUUACAAUUGGGUGUUCUUAGACGUGAUCUGAAGUCAAAAACGGUCAACUCCACAUCGACAGAUAAUAAUUCAUUUCGCAUACAGAACAUUAGUUCAUAUAGAAAUUCCUCGAACGCUACUGCAGAGAUAUUUGAGCUUAAUAUGGAUUAUGUAUGGAGUGGUAAUAAUGUACAAGAAAGUACAACUGUUAUCAAUAGUUCAAUGAAUGCAAAUGAUAAUCAGCAACAAUCAGUACAAGAACAACAACAAAUUGAUGAAUAUAAACAAUUUCAAAUGACUAUUUAUAAUCAUAUAAUAAAUCUUCAUAAAGAAUUUCAAUAUGAAUUAGAUCGAGUAACAAGAGAACAUGAAUUACAAUUAUUCAAGGUAAAAAAUCAAGGUGUUAUGAAAGUGUGUCAAUUAACUGAUAGAAUUGAAGCAUUAGAAAAUCAAGUUGAAAAAUAUCGUAUACUUGCCGGUAUAGAACAAUUAAAUAAAUCAACUACAAUAAAUAGUAACCAUUCAUUACAUAAUUGUUAUUCUUCAUCAUUAUUUACUAAUAAAAAUCGAUUAUCUAAAGUGACAUUUAAUUUAUCUAAUGAAAAUGUAUUAAAUCAAUUAUCUAGAAGAACAAGAGCAUUCAGUGAAACAAUUGAUAUGAAUCAUUUCAAUGAUAAGAAUACUUAUAAUAAACCGGAUUAUAUCAAAUCAAGUAUAAGACAUAUUUUAAAUGAUAUAGAACAGUUAUUAUCACCAGCAUCUCAACAACAACAACAACAACAACAUCAUCGUCAUCAAUUGGAUCAACAACAGGAACAACAACAACAUCAUCGUCAUCAAUUGGAUCAACAACAGGAACAACAACAACAACAACAACGACUUCAACAUUCCAGAUCGAAUUCAAUGAAUCUGUACAAAUCUCAUGAAUUAUCACUUUUAAAAAAUUCUAAACAAAAAUGUGAAUCUUUUAAUAAUCAAGAAAAAGAAAAUUCUUUUAAUAAUAAAAAUUGUACAGAUUUAAAUUUUCAUUUAUUUGAUAAUGGUAAUGAUAAGAUUAUAGAAGAUAAUGCAAAUAAGAUGAAUAAUUUAUCGAAAUUCAACGAUUAUAAUAUACAUCAACAUGAGAAUUCAAUGAAUACAACAUUAACAAACAAUAAAAAUGACAGUGAAAUUCAUCAAAAAAUAAAUUUAAGAAAUUCCACACCCAGAUUCCUAUCCGUACCACCACAUUCGAAAUUUAAUCUAGAUCAAACUACUUCUAUGUUAUAUAAUCAACCGGUUCUUGGAAUUUUAGCCAAAUAUGGUGCAAACAAUAAACACAAUACUCUUAAAACAUCUAUGAAGGAAGAUCACUGUUGA